GAGAGGGCGGGUGAGAAUCCAAUCCGGUUUGAGCUAGUUUUAUUUCCAAUGGAACAUUAUCGUCUCGCUGCGCUGUAUUAGACUGUACCGCCACAGCUUUAUGCACAAUAUUUCCGCCUCUCUUUAGCGCCGCCGUUUCGUUUUUCCAUUUUUAAAAUACAAAACCACCAUGCCUAAAAGGACCAAAACACUUACGGAAGACUCUGAGCCCCAGAGGAGAUCUCCCAGGUUGAAAGACAAACCUACACAGAAGCCAGAGCCCAAAGCUAAAGGAAAGCAGAAGGGACCUGGUAAGCCUAAGAAGGCAAAAGAGGUGGAGAAGACCAAGCCUGAGGGAAAAGAGACACCUGCUGAGAAUGGUGAAACCAAAGCUGAGGAAGGGGGAGCAGCUACAAACGAAGCUGAACAGAACAACGAAGCAGCAGAAUAACAUCUCUCAAACCACAUCUAUCAGUGCUCCCUGUACCUCUUUUCUUGUACAAUUCAGGGGAAUAUUUUUAUCUACUAUUUUCUAAAUACAGGUUUUUUUUUUUUUGGUUUUUUUUGUUUUGUUUUUUUUUUUUUUAGUAGCGUGAUUGUAGAGAACACUUUUUUUAAAUGAAAGAAUAAAAUACAUUUGGCAAUGGAAAUUUCAUCACAUCUCACAGUUCUACAUGAUCAUAAUAGUUGUUACUGUCAGUGGUUUUCAUUUUGAUUCAAAAUGUGAAGAAAGGGGAUGGGGCAGGACAGAUUUCAGAGCUUGUUCAAAAGGAUUACAUUCCGUAUGCUUUUAUAAGGGAGAGUUUUUUUUUUUUUUUAAAGUGAUGGGGCACUUAUUGUUUUGUUUUUAAUGAACAACAGUGUUUUAGAUCGUUUGUAAGCUUUGAUUCUGUUUAACUCUUGUAGCCACAGUUUUCUUACCAAAUCUGAUCGGUGGCCCUAAAAGUCCUUGGUACUGGAACUCACCCUGUCAGAAUUGUGCAUUGCGUGUUGGUUGUGUCUCUGUUCUGUGAUAGCAUCGCAAUAAAUUUGUACAGCAGCUGUGAAAAGGGUUUUCAAUCUUUCUAUAUGCAGUGUGUAAUGGUACAGUGUAAGGAUGGUUUAAACAAAAUAUGAAUUUGUUUUCAAGCAUACAAGUUGUGUAACAUUAUACAACAAACUUGAUAAUGGCUUUAUAAAUGCCAAGAAACUACAUUUAUUUUGAUGUCAAAUGCAUACCAGCAGCAAUAUUCAUGUGGGGUUUAGGUAUCUAUUAAGUACAAGUGUGCAUUUUUUUUUCCUUUAUUUGUUAAUAGCUGUACUUGUGUAAUGAUUGUUAGGAACAAACCAAUAAAAAUUGGUUGGUAGUUAA